GCAACUUUGUGGAAAACAUUGAUGUCUUUUUAUCAGUGAUAAAGAGUGUAAAAGGCAAAUAUAGUGCGUAAAAGGAACACAAUGAUAGCUGGCGGACACGGAGAUCCCAAUCCCAACACAUCCUGGCUGGAUUCACGCGGAAUGUGGCUGGCAUAUGUGCUGGGCGUGUUGUCUUUCCAUGUGAUUUUCCUGGCCAUUCCCUUCGUCUCCAUCCCAUUGGCCUGGACAGUGACGAAUGUCCUGCACAACCUUGCUCAUCUCUACUUCCUGCACUCCAUCAAGGGCGCUCCCUGGAUGAGCACGGACACUGACAGCUGCAGCCAGCUGACGCACUGGGAGCAGAUCAACAAUGGGGAGCAGUUCACGGCGACCAGGAAGUUCCUCACGGCCGUUCCCAUCAUCCUAUUCCUCCUCACGUGCAUGUACACGAGGAACGAUAAUGACCACUUCGUGGCCAACUUCCUGUCGCUGGUCGUGGUGCUGCUGCCCAAGAUGCCCCAAUUCCACGGCGUUCGUCUCUUCGGCAUCAACAAGUACUAGAAGAGCGCCAGAACAUUUAUACUUAAUACCUUUUUUCUCUGCAGCGCCGCAGAGCUGUUAUCAUCCUUAUUGUUUGUUUUAUGGGUGAACGGGAGAGAAUGAUUGUACUUCUCAAGAAGGUUGUGCGCGCUGAAGUCACCCGAGAUUACUUAAGAAUGCGAGGCGGCGGAGAAAAGCAUUGUAAAUUUCGUGAUAUUAGUCUCUCGAGUGC